UGCGGUGUUCACCAUGGUGCGUGUAAACAACGAAAACAGGACGAAGGCUGCUGGUUUUUUGAGCGAUUUCUGAGGAGCCAUGUCCGGUUCUGUUCCUGGCACACCCAGGAGGGUUCUGCCUCCCAUUGCCACCGACUCAGACAGAGCUGCACUGGACGAACUGGAAAACUCCAUCCAGGUCGAGCUAGCCAGACUUCGCGCUUCGUCAAGGGGCCCUAACGAGCUCUCGUACACAGUGUUCAAGGAUGCGUUUGAUCAGCUGAUCCAGCAUGCGUCAGCCUACACUAACCUGCUGACAGCCAUAAAAGCAGAGUACGAGGCGGUGAUUGAGGACCUACAGGAGGGGCAGCGGGAAGCCUUCUACCUGGAGGGGAGGCUGAAGGCCACGGCUGCGGAACCCACCACAGUCGUCAACUACAGGAGGAGAGCAGAGGAGCUGCAGCAAAAGAUGUCGGUGAUCCAAAGAGACAAUGCUCGUCUGGCAGCAGAGUUGGAACGUGUAAGAGCAGCAAGAGAAGCCAUGCUGAAGAAAGAUGAAGAUGAUAAAAGUACCCAGAAGCCCAGGCGCACAGACUUCAGACCCUUACCUGGUCUAACGUUAGAGGAGAGCACUGACGUGAAGACCCUGACCAGGUACCACAACAAGCUGGAGCAUCAGCUGAGGGAGCUCCACAUCAGCAGGAACACCAAGUACGCACCCAAGGUCAGGAAACAGGAGCUCAAGGACACCCUCACCAAGCAGGUCAACAUGAGACAUCAUCUGGCAGACAGGACUGCCAGGCUGAAGAACAGAUGUCAGAAGCUGAAGGUGGCCGUGGAGGUCGCUGGUAUCUACAAGGAGGAUCCUCCCGAGAACCACAGCCUGAGUGAAGUCAUCACAAUGGCCCUCACCACACAGUCCAUGGGAUUUGCAUUCAGAGGUGUGUCAGGCCAGCGUGACACGCCCUUCUCUUUUGAGGAUGAUGACCCCAACAAGGAGAAGGAGGCAGAGAUGCUGCUGGAGUACAUUGACAAGUUCCAUGAGCUGUUUGACGACGAGUGUUACCAGGACGCUGCCAUCCAUGCUGCAAACAGUCCCAAGGGCAUUCUCAGAACACCCGAAACAAUGGCCAAGUUUAAAGAUGUAGGUUCUGAAGCCUUGCUGGCGUACUGUGAGGCUCUGAUGUCCUCCGUGUCAGCCUUGUCUCACCUGCCCAGCCCGGAGGUGUGUCUGGAGUGUGUCAGAUGUGCACUGUCCCAGCACAGACUGGACCUUGUCACUCACUGGAUAGCACAGAACAGCUUGCAGCUUACUGAGGAGAUAGCCAAUGCCUUGUGCGAGUAUGCUGACCAGAACCCCCUGAGUGGCCCGGUGUGCCUGGCCCUGGCACAGGCCGUGUUUACAGCCAUACAGGCACACAGGGAGGCAGCUGUCUGCAUGUGUCGCCAGGGCAAGGUGUACAACAUGGUGGAGUAUGCAUACGGCACUGGCGCUUUCCAUACAGCUGACUGGUCGCACGUGCUGCAGACAUGCCCGUCCCUGGAGCUGGCCCGGUCCCUGAUCCAGCCGUACAAUGACCAGCCGCCUGCCCUGCAGCUGGGACAGGCAGUCAGCACGCUGCUGCAGACUGAGGAUUACCUGAUAGGGCUGCAGCUGCUGCAGGAGACACAUGACAAGUUCCCAACAGAAGGAGACACCAAGUAUCAGAGCCCUCUACGUUCUGCAAGGACUAAGAAACCAGGUCAACCUAGCUCUAAUAGUGUCAGCACCAUCGCAGAAAACGUGACGCCAAAGAAGCUAGUUAUCGGGACUCAUGUCAGGAACAAGAUCUGUCAAACACGCAACUACAAUGAGGGAUGCGGUAACCCAGUCCCACCCCACAAAUGCCCAGCCAACAUCUCAGAAGACACAGUGAUCGGGGACGAACGCCAAGCUGGGAGGGACAUGGGGAAGAAACUCCUCUCUGGACCUGUAAAGACACUUGUUAGUGAAACUACAACAGAUGGAGAUGGGGAUUUUGCUGCUGGACUUCAGGAAGUCAUGAUGGAGGAGGCAGGACAGAAAUCCAGGGCAACAUGGUCCAAGCAAAUGUUUCCAGGGAACGAUCAACAGGAGAGAAACCGCAACCGGGACAGAUUUGGGAAUGACCUCAGCAAACGUCUCAAUGCCGAACACAAAGCUGCACGUAAGAAGAUCGGGGACAACAAGCGGAAGAUGGAGAAAAAAAUGAAGCGACUCAUGCAGGCACUGCCCUACUGCUAUGAAGGAGAUCAUUCGAGGUGCUACGAGGGAUCACUCAUCUGCAGGCACCCAAGGAAAUGGACAUUUCCAGACCUACCUGAAAAGGUGAAGGGAAACAUCCACCCAAACGAUACUGAUCUCAAGGUGUUGGCAGGCAUAAUGGAGGUUCGUUUAGGAAAGAAAGCUCUGAAACGGACACGGAAGUCAAGAACCACAAAUCGAGUUGAAAGUGUGAACAGACAGCUGGCUAAGACCUGCCCAAAGAAUGUAGUCGUACUCUAG